AAAAAUAUAUAUAUAUAUAUUAUAAUUUGUAAUACCGAAACUACCCUUUUCCGUUAUUCUUGUCUUCAUCAACUUCCUCAACCUUUGAACUUUUCCUUGUCCAGGUCCCCUCCACUCCACCCCCUCAACAAUUUUUUUCCUUUGUCUUUUUCAUGAAGGCGUGCUCACAAGUUUCUUGUUUUGCUAUACAUAUAUUGUUGUUGUCCAUUGUUUUCUUGAUAUUUUGCCUUUUCUAAUUGGUGGGGACUUGGGGGUUACAAGGAAACGGAAAGAACAAAAACAUUGCUCUGAUAUUUAUCAAGAUUCAGUUUAAGCUCCCCUCUUCUGCUAGAUGCUUUGAAAUGGGGAAGAAAGGAAGCUGGUUUUCCGCAGUGAGAAAGGCUCUUGGUUCGGGUAAAAAAAAGAAAGACAAGAAAAAACACAAAUCUGAAAAAUGGUCCAGAAAACAACAGAACGACGAAUUGGAUUCCUCAAAUGCAGAAACUGCAUUGGUAGUGAGUGCUGCACCCCCUUUCCCUCUUCCUCCUCCUCCUCCUGUAGAGAAGAUGAAAUUGAUGGAAGCUGAGAAUGAGCAGAACAAGCACGCCUAUUCAGUAGCUAUUGCCACUGCUGUUGCUGCAGAAGCAGCGGUUGCCGCUGCUCAAGCCGCUGCUGAGGUCGUUCGGCUCACAGCUGCAGCCUGUAACUCGGGUAAAUCAAAGGAAGAGAUUGCAGCUAUAAGAAUACAAAAAGCAUUUCGAGGAUACUUGGCUAGGAGAGCGUUGAAGGCCUUGAGAGGAUUAGUGAGGUUGAAGACAAUGAUUCAAGGGCAAUCUGUCAAGCGACAAGCCACAUCCACCUUAAAGUGCAUGCAGACUCUAGCUCGUGUUCAAUCUCAGGUUCGUGCUAGAAGAAUUAGGAUGUCAGAGGAGAAUCAGGUGCUCCAGAGGCAGCUCCAACAGAAGCAUGAGAAAGAGCAGGAGAAGCAGAAAACUUCUUCUUCUGGAAAUGAUUGGAAUGACAGUACACGGUCUAAGGAACAAGUUGAUGCAAACCUCCAGAUGAAGCAGGAGGUUGCCAUUAGAAGGGAAAGGGCUUUGGCUUAUGCAUACACACAUCAGCCAACACGAAGGAAUCCUUCAAAAUCUACAAAUCAAACAUUUAUGGACCCAAAUAAUCCCCACUGGGGCUGGAGCUGGUUGGAACGAUGGAUGGCUGCACGGCCAUGGGAAGAUAAAUGUGCAUUAGAUAAAGAACUUAACCGUGACGAGGCCGCUGCAAAGAGCCUAGCAAGCCAUGCCACUGCUGUGGCUGCUGUCACUCAUCCUGAUUUCCACCUUGACAAUAGGCCUUCUCCAACAGCUCAUAAAAAAAGCCGCCCUCCAAGCCGCCAAUCAUCAUCAACACCCCGAUCAAAGACCGGGAGAAUAAGGCCACCAAGCCCUAGGGUAAGUAAUGUGGAUGAUGACGCUAGAAGCAUGAUGAGUGCACAGUCAGAACGCUGUAGGAGGCAUAGUUUUGCUGGUUCAUUAAUUAGAGAUGAUGAAAGCCUAGCAAGCUCCCCAGCUGUUCCAAGUUACAUGGCAGCAACAGAAUCAGCAAGAGCCAGGUCCCGCUUACCAAGUCCUUUGGGUUUCGAAAAGAAUGGGACACCAGAGAAGGGAACAGAUAGUACUUCUGCGAAGAAGCGAUUGUCAUUCUCGGCAUCUCCUGGUGGUGGACCAAGAAGACACUCUGGUCCACCAAAGGUAGAGAUAUAAAGUGUCCAAGGCAUCCUGCUGAAAGGAGCACUGAAGAUAGCACGGAAAUGAACAAGUUAGACCGUUUAUUUGACUUGUCAUUUCUGAAACUAUUCUCAUGGGUGUGCAUAUUGAAUAAUGGUGAGCUGUAAGUAACUACAGCAGGGACGGAAGAGAGUGGAGGAUUGUGGCGUUGUAUUUGAGUCAUUUUGCCAUACCAACGUGUUUCUAACCUUAUGCCUUGCUAUAUCCAACGUUUGUGUGCUAUUGAUCAUGCGUAGUGUCAUUUGCUUUAUUAGUGAUGGUGUUCCUGGGUGUGCUCUUCUUUUAUCUUUCUUUUUCCUCUCUUCUUGAGUGCAACAUUGAAAAUUUUAGAUAUCGAUACUUUCCAGCCAUUCUGGUGUUACUGUAUACGUGGUAAUUCCUUUUUCCUCU